UUUGAGUUUGUUUCGCAACAUUAUCAUAGAAGAAAAGCAGCACCCAUUUGAAUGUUGGGCGACGGUAGCAGCAGCAGUCGAGGUAAAAAGAGAAGAAAGGAGAAGAGACCAGUUGAUGAUGGAUUUAGACCGGAAGAAGAGGAAGACGUGAAUGAAUUGCUACUCGCAGCACUCUUGACGAAGGGCACCAACUACAGGAAAAAGGCAGUGGACGAUUCCAAGCCCUUCCAGCAGAGUGGAAAUCUUAUAUCAAUCAAUACAUUUGAAGCCAAAAACGAACGAAAGAAAAAUCCUCCAAAAGACACUUUGUUAUUAAAUCUAGACUCGGUCAACAAGGAUUUGAAGUCAAACGAAAACUCGGGAAACAGCACGCCAGUUCAAGACGAACCACGUGAUCAGUUUGAGGCAAAGAUGAGCAAAAAUACGGAAGAAUACACGAAAGAAUUGAAUGUGAAACAAAGUAAAGCGAUUGAUGAUGAUGAUCGUUUAGAUGCAAUAUCAGAUUUUGAUGAUGAUAAUUCAGAACCGGAUAUAGAAGUUGAAUUGAGAAAUGAGUCAAUGUUCCGAAGUAGCAGUCUCCACUCUGAUGAGCUCAUUUUAAGUGUUUCUGAAAAUCGGACAAGACUCGAUUCGCGAAAUCAAAAUCCAGCCGAAAUGUAUGACGAGAAAGUAUCACCUGAUUGCUUAGACAUCAGCUCGGAGAAAGAAAAAUUACAAACAUCACUUGAAAAAGACGUCGAUAUUGAGUUCAAUGCAGUUUUUUCGAAAUCAAAGGAAGCCGAGGCUGAACUUGUUCUUGAGACGUCGCACCCUCCGCAUCCAAAAUCUUCGCUAAGUUUUGAUGGAGACGAUAUUCUCAAUUUUGAUCUGGACGACUUGAAUGAUUUAGACAGUUUCCUUGACAAACAUACUUCAGUCGAAAAGAUAGACGCGAAAGAAAUUUUGAAGCCUGAAAAUAAGAGUUCUGAGCAACCAGCAAAGGAUGUUGAAAAUAAACCUAUAAAUAGUGAAAAAUUGGAAGUUGUUAAUAAAAACAUCCAAUCGAACGAGCCAAAAUCUGGUGAACUUAAACUUCAAGACGAAUUAAAAUCUAAAAAGGAAAUUCUUGUGAAGACGGAUAAAUCUGACGAAAAGAAAAAUGCAAUUCAAGAGAACGGAGAUGAGAAAAAAUCGAUAGCUAAAAACGUUGCCAAACAUGAUAAAAUUGUGUUUUCAGCGCCUGGUUCGCCCAGUUGUCAUAGUCAAGAUAACAUCAAAGAAAAGAAAGAUAUUUCACAAAGUUCGUUUUCAUCACCAGAAAAACCCGCCAGAAAAAUUAAUAUCAAAGAUUCCCCUCAAAGGAAAACUGUACCGACUAAGCGAGAAUCUAAGUUAAUGGAAAAUUUGGACAAGGAGCUUGAAGCUUUCAAAGCUGGUCUUGAUAAAAUCGAAGUUCAUAGAAAACCAGAUAAAAAUGCGAAGCGAAAACCGGUUCAGUACACGAAUUUAGACUUUGGCCCAUCGGGUAAAAUUGAUAAAGACUUGUUUAAAAAGCAGUCACGUGAUGAUGAUUGUGAACGAAAAAAGAAACGUGAACGUAAAAGGUCAGCUUCUCGUGAAAAGAAACGAAAGCACAGAAAACGAAGAAGAAGCUCAACCCCUCCUACUUCGGAAAGUUCCGAGAGUUUUGUCUCAUCUGACGAAUUGGAAAAGGACUCGCAAGAUAGCUCCACUAACCCGAAGUACAGUGAUUUAGAAGCGAUGUCGAGCGAGUCUUCUGAUGACUCUUUUUUGAGCGAUGAUCGAAAAAAGAAAAAGCGAAAAUCAAAAAACGAUCGUGAAAGAAGAAAAAAAUUGAAAGCUGAGUUGAAGAGAAAAAUAAGUAAGGAUAGCAAGAAAUCUAAAAAGAGAGUCAAACGUGAAUUAAACCGAGACGAGGGAAAACGCACCAAGCGACCAAAGGAUUUCAGUGAAAACGGCGAAGAUGAGGAUGAAGAAACUCUGCCGACAUUUAGAAAGACGAUAAAACUAUCGCAUAAUUACGAAGAUUUUUCAGACGACGGAGAUCCUUACUCACAUUUAAAGCCUUCUAGCGACCUUGAUUCGGGUUCAACUUCGACUAAAUUGACUGCAAAUUUCAGAAUUGCGGCAGAUGAAAUUGAAAACGACGAUGAUGUUAUCGAUUUUGAAGAGGAUGAUGAUAUAUUUAAGAUCGCCGACAUUGAGAAAACGGGAAAAGCUGGUAUCAAAUCUGGUUCCAAAAAGUUAACUCAAUUAGAAAGGUUAAAAUUAAAGCACAAUCAAGUUUCGUAUUCUGAUGAUGAUUGCAUAAAUAAUGAAGGGGAGGUGGAAACAUUAUUUGGGCGACCGAAAGUAAUGAUGUCGAAAAAUUCAUUGGAAGUAGGUUCGAAUCUGGCAGCUUCCAGUCUAGGCAGACGAGUUAUGGUUCAAAAGUCACCGAAAUCGAAGGCUCGAAGAAUUGGUGAGUUAUCGAAAGAAACGAAACCUACCGAGUCAACGAGUGACCCGGAGAGCAUAUCAACUUCGAAAGCGAGCCGAGCAAUUAGCGGUCUAAAUGUCAAAGACAGAUUGACUUUAACAACUAAAUUGCAAAAGAGUAUAUCAAGUAAUGCGUUGAAAGGAUCGAGUGGUCGUGUAGCAGAAUUACAAACUAGCCGAUCGGUGCAUUCGAGACUAGGAAGUGGGACCGCAGGAUCACGGGGAAGCAAAAGUUCAGCUGGACAUAAUAACAACAACGCGCUCUCUCGAUUCCUGUAACUCCCAAUUGACUGCAUUAUAUCAUACGAAAUAGACAGUUGGUUGAAGGACUGUAAACUUUAGCGAUUACCUAAGAAAAAACCAUCAAUCAAGAUGAUAGAGUACAAAUUGUGGACGCGGCUGAAGGCAAAAUGAUGUUAAUUUAUUGAAACCAGAACUCAAUGAUUGAUGGUUUUUUAUAUAUACAUGCUAACACUCCUCAGUUUCUUCUCAUUAUUCAGAGUUUAGUUCAGAAUUUGUUUUCAACCUUCACUUUUUGAUCCCUUUUAAAUAGAAGCUGAGGGUAAUCUGAUGUGUUUCGGGGGUAAAGCUAAAGCUCCAAGCUUGUUUGAGGAUGAGAC